CUCACACACUGGUCUGCAAGUCUGCAACUUCCUAACGUCUAUUUCUUCUUCUCUCUAUAACAACCACACUACUAUAAAGUUACACUGCAAAACAAAAACAAGAAAAUGCCAGCAAGCUUUUAAGCCUAAUCAUAACACCACCGCACUACUCACCAACCCCAUCACAAAGCCUGCAACACUCUACUCACACUACUCAUACCUUCCUACACUUUUUAUCUAUAUAUAGCAAAUUGCUUUCUGUUUUAAAGUAUCCGUAAUUCACGUGUCCUUAUCCCUUCUCUUUCUUGUUUCUGUUAUAAAGACUUGCUUUUUUCUUCUUCAUAUAUAGGAGAGCAAGUGAAUGAGCCUAUUAAUUUGAAGUGUUUUGGAGAAAAAGAGGCUAAAGUUUGAAUCUUUAUGAGGUUUAGUGAGAUGGGUGUUUGGUGGUUUUGUGGAUUGGUAAUUCUUGGUUUGAUAAUUGGAGGAAAAGGGUAUCCUGAGGAGGAUUUAGUGAAGGCAUUGCCUGGACAACCAAAGGUUAGUUUUAGGCAAUAUGCAGGGUAUGUUGAUGUGGAUAGGAAAGCUGGAAGGAGUUUGUUUUACUAUUUUGUUGAAGCUGAGGUGAAUCCUGAUCAUAAACCUCUCACUCUUUGGCUCAAUGGAGGCCCAGGUUGCUCAUCAGUUGGUGGGGGUGCCUUUACAGAGUUGGGACCAUUCUUUCCCACAGGUGACGGUCGAGGUCUUCGAAGAAAUUCAAAAUCCUGGAAUAAAGCAUCAAAUCUCCUCUUUGUUGAAUCUCCAGCUGGAGUAGGCUGGUCAUACUCAAAUACAAGUUCAGACUACACUACUGGUGAUGCAAAAACUGCAAUGGAUAUGCAUACAUUCAUGAUGGAAUGGGUGAAGAAAUUCCCGGCAUUCAAAUCAAGGGAACUAUAUCUCACAGGAGAAAGUUAUGCAGGCCAUUACAUUCCGCAGUUAGCUGUUGCUCUUCUAGACCACAAUGAACACUCAAAAGAAUACAAGUUCAACAUUAAAGGAGUUGCAAUUGGGAAUCCACUUUUGAGACUUGAUCGUGAUGCUCCUGCAACCUUUGAAUACUUUUGGUCUCAUGGGAUGAUUUCUGAUGAAGUAGGCCUAGCAAUUAUGACUCAGUGUGACUUUGAGGAUUAUACCUUUGGCAGUCCGCACAAUGUCUCAGAAGCAUGCAAUAAAGCCAUAUCUGAAGCAAACACCAUUGUUAGUGAAUAUAUAGAUAAUUAUGAUGUGAUUCUUGAUGUGUGCUAUCCGUCCAUAGUGGAACAAGAGCUGCGAUUAAGGAAAAUGGCUACUAAAAUGAGUGUAGGUGUUGAUGUGUGCAUGAGCUAUGAAAGGCGCUUCUAUUUUAACCUUCCAGAGGUUCAGAAAGCCCUUCAUGCAAAUAGGACCAACUUGCCUGAUAGCUGGUCAAUGUGUAGCCGUGUUCUGAAUUACAGCGACACAGACGGAAACAUCAAUAUUCUUCCAUUGCUCAAAAGAAUAGUCGAAAAUCAUAUUCCUGUUUGGAUUUUUAGCGGAGAUCAAGAUUCUGUUGUGCCAUUGCUUGGCUCCAGGACCCUUGUACGCGAGCUAGCUCAUGACAUGGGGUUCAAGAUUACAGUCCCAUAUGGUGCUUGGUUUCACAAAGGGCAGGUGGGAGGUUGGCAAACAGAAUAUGGCAACUUAUUAACCUUUGCCACUGUAAGAGGUGCUGCACAUAUGGUACCAUAUGCACAACCUGCAAGGGCUUUGCAUCUGUUUAGUUCAUUUAUACAUGGCCGAAGGCUCCCAAACAACACACGACCCUCCAUCGACGACUGAGAAAAAUCCUCUAACGAACUUUAAAGUUGGUAAUUGGCUGAUUGUUAGGGACUUCUUGUAGGAAAUUUAAACAGGAAGAAGUAAAAUCAUUGCAUUGGUAAUUGACUUUGAAUUAAAGUAGCUGAAGAAUAUAUGUCAAGAGUUGUCUUUAUCUUAAAUUUCUUUUGUAUGAAAUAAAGAAAGCAAGCAAAGAAAAAAAGAAGUUGGAGAAAAAGAAUUGGAGGCCAUAGUGGAUAAAUUUCUUAUGUAUGGAAUUUUUUAUUUUCGGAUUA